GAAUCAACCUGUGCUUGAAUCAUACAACUCCAUUUAUACCCACCUCCCUCGAAAUUCCCUCUCCGAACCCAUCCAUCUCUCCCAGAACCACCAUCGCCGCACCGCCAUCUCCCCAUCCCACCCAUCGUCUCGCCUCCCAUUCUAUCAUGAGCGUCUCCUCCAGAGCGGCCCGUAGGGCGGUGCUCGUCAACCCCUUUGCCGGCAGGGCGACGACCCGUCCCGGACUCGGCCUUCCCUCAGCUUACCUGGGACGGCACGCCCGGCAGCUCCCCCUAGACUUCACCGCUCGCGCGCUCCUGAUCCCGCUUCGAACCAUAUCGACCGAGCGGCAUACCGUCGGGCCGAUUGACGGACCACCCCCCGGGUUCAAUGCGGAGCAGGCUAAGAAGCCGCUGCCAAGGACCGAGACGGCCGCGGCCAACAAGAAGGCCUCAGAGCCUACCAAGACUAAGACCUCUGCCGAGACCGCCGCCGCAAAGACGACCCAUCCCUCUCUCGAUGAGGCCUCGGCCGAACCUAAGUCUCUGGCCGAGCUGGCCGCGAGGAAGGACACCGAAGUGGAGAAGAUAGAGGAGAAGCAGGGCAAAAAGUUGACGCUUACGCAGAGGAUCAAACACGAGGUCCAGCACUAUUGGGACGGCACAAAGCUGCUCGCGACCGAAAUCCGGAUCAGCAGCAGGCUGGCCACCAAGAUGGCUGCCGGCUACGAACUGACCCGACGGGAGAAUCGACAGCUCCAGCGGACCGUCCGGGAUCUCGCGCGUCUUGUCCCCUUUUCCGUCUUCGUCAUCGUGCCGUUUGCCGAAGCGCUCCUGCCCGUCGCCCUCAAGCUGUUCCCCAACCUGUUGCCGAGCACGUACGAGGCCCAGCAGUCGAAGGACAAGAAAGCCGCCAUUCUGCGGGCUACGCGGAAGGAGGUCAGCUCUUUCCUACGCGAGACCCUGAAGGAAACCGGGCUUCCCCUCUCGAGCGCGACGACGCAGAAGGAAGAAUUUGCCAUAUUUUUCCGCAAGUUGCGGGCCACCGGAGAGCAGCCCAGCACGGACGACGUGAUCAAAGUCUGCAAGGCGUUCAAGGAUGAUUUGACCCUCGACAACCUGUCGAGGCCGCAGCUGGUGUCCAUGUGCCGGUACAUGAAUCUCAACACGUUCGGCACGGACAUCAUGCUCCGGUACCAGAUCCGCCACCGGAUGCGCCAGAUAAAGAGGGACGACAAGGCCAUCAGCUUUGAGGGCGUCGACAGCCUCAACGUCUCGGAACUCCAGACGGCCUGUGCCAGCCGAGGCAUCAAGACGCACACGGUGUCGCCCGCCCGGCUGCGCGAAGACCUUCAGUCGUGGCUGGAUCUACGGUUGAAGCACGGCGUACCCUCGACGCUCCUCGUGCUCAGCAGCGCCUACAUGUACGGCCAGAAGACGGAGGGCGGCUUCCACAGCCAGAUCGAGGCGCUGACGGGCGUGCUGUCAUCGAUCCCCGAGGAGCUGUACCACGAGAUCGAGCUCGAGGUGCACAACGCCGAAGGCGCUGCGACGAACAAGCAGCGGCUCGAGGUGCUCAAGGAGCAGCAGGACCUGAUCGAGGAGGAGAACGAGCAGAACCAGGAGAACAAGGACACGGGCCUGGCGACGCCGCAGGACACGGACAACAUUGACGAGAAGGACGACAGGACCUUGGUAGCUUCGGAGCCGAGCGUCGACGAGAAGGUGGCGGCCGAGACGGUCGACGCCGAGGCUGACGCCAAGGACGCGCUGCGCGAGCAGACCAAGGUCGAGGUCCAGGAAGGGAAGAAGAUCCAGAAUUAGGCUGGGCCUCUCUCUCUCUCGCGCGCGCACACACGCAUACAUGCAUAUGCAUACGCUCUCUAUCUCUCCUUCUCUCUCGGUAUCCCUGGGGAUCGAGAUAGGGUGGGCUUACGGUGGCAGUUGGGCUUGGAUUAGAUGGGACUCAGGCAACCAAGGCGAAAAGCAACACUGUGCCGCAUCUAUUCCUCUCUCUUCUCCCCCCCGCUCCCCCAUUGCCCUUCCCCUCACCUUCUUUUCCUCCCCAAUCCCUUCCCUCUUUU